UCUAUAGCUUGAGUUAGAUUUAACCACGACUAGCAAAGUGAAGACAUCAGAAGAGCAAGUCUAUACGAGUAGAUCGACUGGGGAGUAUGGAGAUUCUCCUCUUUGUGAUUUCAUGCCUGCUACAUUUUUCAAAUCAUCAGCUGCUCUCCAGUUCAGCAGAGGCAACGCAGAAAUUGGAAUACCCAUUUCCGUUUAUGACAUUUGAUGCUGAAAAGGCAGCUGCAAGAACAUAUGAUUACAUUGUGGUUGGAGGAGGUACAGCAGGGUGUCCUCUGGCUGCAACUCUAUCACAACAUUACUCUGUUUUGCUACUGGAAAGAGGAGAUUCCCCCUAUGGAAAUCCCGACACUGAAGACAUUAGUGGGUUUUUCAAGGUCCUUGGGGAUGUCAGUGAAUUCCCCUAUGCUGCUCAGGGAUUUGUCUCAGAAGAGGGAGUGCAGUUGGUAAGGGGAAGAGUUCUGGGAGGCGGAACGGCCAUUAAUGGCGCCUUCUACAGCAGGGCAAGCUCGGAAUUCAUUAGAAAUAUGGAGUGGGAUGAGAAGCUUGUAAAUGAGUCAUAUGAAUGGGUGGAGAAGUUGAAUGUCUUUCAACCAGAGAAGCUUUCUCGUUGGAAUUCUGCUUUCAAGGAUGCACUUUUGGAAGCUGGAGUGCUUCCUUAUCAUGGGUAUACUCUGGAUCAUUUGGAGGGCACUAAGAUUAGUGGUUUAACCAUUGACAGCACUGGAAGGAGACACACAUCUGCAGAUCUUCUGCAAUAUGCAAAUCCAGAUAACAUUGUGGUUCUUUUGAAUGCUACAGCCACCAGAAUCCUCCUUGAUUCUUCAUCAGGAAUGAUUAAAGCUAUUGGUGUUGAGUUUAUGAGUAGUAUUGAUAAGAUCUCUUAUAAAGUACUUAUCAAUCAGUUGUCACAUUGGAGUGAGGUAAUUUUGUCAGCAGGACCCAUAGGUAGUCCCCAACUUCUCUUGUUAAGUGGAAUUGGACCCUCUGAACAACUUGAAGAAUUGAAUAUUACUAUAUUUUUAGACUUAAAUAAUGUAGGAAAGGGUAUUAAAGAUCCACCGCGUACUACAAUCAUUAUAAAAUCCCCUGAAACACUUGAAUCAUAUCCAGUGCAAGUAGUGGGUAUAUUAAAAAAUUCACAAGUCUACAUUGAGUCCGAGAGUUAUUCUAUACAAGAAAAUGCCACACUAUCAACAUAUAGGAAUUAUCAUUAGCAAGGUAGCUUUUCCUUUAUCAAGUGGUGAGCUUCGUCUUAGAAGUAAAAACCCCCAAGAUAACCCCAUUGUAAGAUAUAACUACUUUUCUCAUCCUUUUGAUGAACAACAAUGUAUUCUUACUAUGAAGGUAUUAUUAAAUCUUACCACAACCACUUCUAUUCAAGAAUUCACUUUCAAGAGUAGUGAAAACUCUAACAUCCUUCAAUUCAUAGGAUUUGAAUUACCACAAGAUCUAUCAGUCAAUAAUGCUAUGGUAAAAUUUUGCAAAGAUACAGUAGCAACAUUUUGGCAUUACCAUGGAGGGUGUGAAGUUGAUUCUGUUGUUGACAAAAGGCUUCAUGUAAAAGGUGUUGAUAAUUUAAGGGUUGUGGACAAUUCAAUUUUCAAAGGUAGUGCUGGGACCAAUCCACAAGCCACUAUCAUGAUGCUUGCA